AUGGUGGAGCAGCUCCGGCGGGACUUCGCACCCCCACAGGUCGAUGUGGAAGAGGCGGGCCGGAUUAUGGAGACGUUCUCCCGGGGACACAGCUCGGAGGGGCGGCGGGUGGUGCUCAUCACCUCGGGGGGUACGAAGGUUCCUCUGGAGUCCCGCACCGUGCGAUUCCUGGAUAACUUCAGCAGCGGCCGGAGAGGAGCCGCCUCAGCCGAGUACUUCCUCAGGGCCGACUACGCUGUCAUCUUCCUGCACCGGCACCGCUCCCUCUUCCCGUACAGCCGCCGCUACAGCAACCAGAACUGGCUGGACAGUCUCCGCCUACUGCCCGUUCCCGCAGGGGAAGAGCCCCGGGUGGAGGCGGAGCCGAAUUGUCUGCCCGGCAUAGUGCCAGUCCUGGAGGAGUAUGAGAGGAUGAAGGGGGCGCGACGGAUGUUGAGUCUGGAAUACCACACCCUCUCCGACUACCUGCACCUCCUGCUGGCCGCCGCCAGGGCACUCAGCCCGCUAGGAUCAAACGCCAUGUUCUACUUGGCUGCAGCAGUGUCAGACUUCUACAUCCCAGCAUCAGAGAUGCCAGAACAUAAAAUCCAGUCAUCUAGUGGUCCAUUGCAGAUUACAAUGAAGAUGGUUCCUAAAAUGCUGUCGCCAUUGGUGAAAGACUGGGCCCCCAAAGCCUUUGUGAUUUCUUUUAAACUGGAAACUGAUCCAGAGAUAUUAAUCGAGAGAGCUCGGAAAGCCCUGGAAACCUACCGCCACCAGGUUGUAGUGGCCAAUGUGCUGGAUACACGGAGGUCCUAUGUAAUGGUUGUGACCAACACAGAAGACACUAAGCUAUUCGUGUCUGACAAAGAAGAGAGCUUGGGCAUAGAGAUUGAGGAUAAGAUUAUCAAUGACUUGACCUCCCGUCAUACAAAUUUCAUUAAGCAGACCAGCACAUACUCUCAAUCCAAUCAGGGGUUGUGA